UAAGUACUAAGCCGUUCAUCAGUCGUCUAUUCGUACGUUUUCCUGGGCAACCCGGAUCUUCAACGCUUCGGCAGCCGCCAUUUCCAGUGAACUCGACAGAGAGUGAUGAAAAUGUUGCCGAAAAUGGCAAGAAGACAGAAUUGUCGAUAUAUCAAAGGCUUGUAAAAGUAUAUUCUUGUGGUUUAAAUGUAAUUAUACUUGACAAGUUAUGUUAACUAUAUUUCCUUUUUGUUUUGACGUGUUGUAAACAUAACCCCACGGCCAAUAACACAUGGGAAGAGUGCAUGACCUUUCGAUACCUGUGUUGGCGAUACGGUCACCGCAUAUCUAAAAUAAUAUAACUCGGAGAAGACAGUGACGAGCAGAUGAGUUCUGAGGAGGGGACACAUAGUGUCACUUCAAGCGUUGUAUCCCCGUCCACAUCAUCUUCUGUUUCUACUGGCCGCAUCAUCAAUAUGGAAGGGGGUGGAAUAUCACCAGAGAACGUCAUUCAUGUCAUCAACCCCUCCAGUCUUGGGAGUCUUUCCAGUGUUGUGAAUGCCUCCUCAUCCUCCACUGCAGGGGUAUCUGGGCUUCACACCAUUACCAUUGCACCGGGCUCAUUCCCAAUUCCUGUCAACUUUGCCUCUAACCUGCAGCCAUCCACGAGCAGUGUGAACAAUAAUGGUGGACAACAGAUUUUAAUGGCUCCCCCAGAACUAGCAGCCAAGCUGAAGGAGGGGGCUCUACCAACACAGGUUAUCCAGGUGCCAAACGCUAACCUGGCCUCCAUAGACUGGGCUGUUAAACUAAAGGAACUUCAGCACAAUCAAAGGUUAGAGAGACUGAGAGAUGAACAAAAUCUGAUGCGAGAAAAAGUCCAGAAGGCAACGUUUGAGAGCAAGUUUGAACCGUGUGUUGUCUGUGGAGACAAGGCAUCUGGUCGUCACUAUGGCUGCACUAGCUGUGAAGGAUGUAAAGGCUUCUUUAAACGUAGCAUCAGAAAACAGCUGGGAUACGCCUGCCGUGGUAACAAAGACUGCCCCGUGAAUAAGCCUCACAGAAAUCGGUGUCAGUACUGCCGGCUACAAAAGUGUCUAGCUGUGGGGAUGAGGGCAGAAUCUGUACAACAGGAGAGGAAACCUCCAGAGAAAGAUCAAAGACAGUUUUCUGCAGUCGCUACAUCCACACAGAAAAUCUACAUCCGUAAAGAUCUCAACAGUCCCUCUGCCUCCCUCCCUACAUUUACUGGCAAGCUAGAAGAUGGCAGUGGUCAGAGGGCAGCCAGUAAUCUACUGGCCAAUCUACAGGAGAGAAUCGUCCACACUGACCAGGGUAAUGUCAUCAUGGGAGGGAUAGUCCCCACCUCCACAACUACAGAUCUGAGCACACUAGCCAAUGUUGUAACAACAUUAGCAACAAUGAGUAAAAACAGUGAGGAGGAGCAGACCCCCUCUAAUGGAGACACAGGACUGGGGGGAGAUACAUCUAAUAAUGCUGCCAAGGCCUUCGAUACACUGGCUAAAGCUGUCCAGCCACAGUCCCUGGACCAGUCGUCUUUAUGUGACAGCAGUUUAGAUCAGUCAGCACUAAGUAUGGACCUUGGACCGGACUACAGCAGAGAAAACUCCAUCGUGGUGGAAGUGGACGGUCCAGUGCUGACCCAGCAGAAUUUUGCCUUUAAUCUGACCACCCCCUCCCCCAUGCCGGCCUAUCUCAAUGUCCACUACAUCUGUGAAACAGCGUCCAGACUCCUCUUUCUGUCCAUGCACUGGACACGUUCCAUCCCCUCAUUUCAUGUACUCAGUCAAGACAUACAGACAGUUCUAGUGAAGUCGUGUUGGAGUGAGCUUUUUACUCUAGGACUGGCCCAGUGUGCACAGUCUAUGUCUCUCUCCACUAUCUUAAUGGCCAUACUGAAUCACCUCCAGACAGCUCUACAGCAAGAUAAGAAUUCGGCAGAACGAGUGAAGAUAGUGAUAGACCACAUCCUGAAGCUUCAGAACUACAUACAAUCUCUGGAAGCCCUACAGAUGGACUCGGAGGAGUUUGCCUAUCUGAAAGCUCUGGUCUUGUUUUCUCCAGAUACUCCAUCCCUUCCAAAUGCUCAGCAGAUUGAGAGAGUGCAGGAACGAGCCCAGCGUGAGCUAGCCAAUCACAUUCGACAAGCUCACCCCUCCAAUCCUGACCGCUUGGCCAAACUUCUACUCCGCCUCCCGGCUCUGCACUCGCUGAGUCCCAGUGUCAUGGAGGAACUAUUUUUUGCGGGCCUAAUUGGCAGUGUUCAGAUAGACAGUAUAAUUCCCUACAUACUGAGGAUGGAGACAGCUGAAUACAAUUCACAGAUGGCAGGACAGGGACUUCAAGGUGCAGUAGAGGGGACGGGGCUGGAUAGUACCCCCUCAGGCUCCAUGUUAUUCGCAUCACCACAUCUCACAACCACACAGAUUUCUUCUGAAGCAAUAUCAGCACUGCAGACAACCAUCGCUACCACGUGACAACUGUAAGGUUAUAUUGAAGAAGAAAAUCAAAAGAACUCUAAGGAGCAGAAUUACAUCUGGUGACUGUUGUUAAAGAGUUGUUUUCGUUAAUUGUUAAUUAUUAAUAGUUUAAGAAAUCAGAUAUGUUGUGAUAUUUUUAAGAGGCUAGGGUGAAUUUCGCAGUGAGAGUGACUGAGAAGAGACUUGCUGAGUGUUGAGCAGUAUUUAACUGCAUGUCUGUAUCAUCAUGAACCAUCGAGGAUUUGAAAGUAUUUCCUCUAGAGUAUGGUAAAAAUCAGACGAGGUGUAAUCUCUCUCUUUUAUUCUUGUUUAUGAACAUUUCAUUAAGUGACAUAGAGAUCAUUUGUUCAUUAUCAAUUUCAUUUAACUAUUUUUCUGUUUAUAUCGUUUGAGUGCUAUAUAAUAUGGAAGAUGAAUCCUUUCUAGCUCACCUGUAUGAACUCCAUGUGAUGUGUAAACUUACCUGUAUUCUCAGUGCCAGGUCUCCUGACUUGUCCCUGUAUUCAGCACCAGUGUUUUACUUGUAAUCAUUCUAGACUUGGAACCUACAUAUAUUAAUUGUAUAAUUUUAAGUAAAAGUAAAAUUUGUCUCCAAGUCUUAAGGUUAUAAGAAUUACUUUUAGUGCUUUAUUUUUUGAGUAGGUGAAAAUAUCCCUGUGUACAGGUAUUAAAUAGUUCAGAUAUUAUAAUAGAAAAAAUACAGGAAUUUGACAAUCAUUUGUUCUGCAAGAAAAAUUGCAAUGUUUUAAAUUUGUAAAUAAUUUUAGUUGAGUUUUGAAGUUCUUUUAAUUAGGCUAUGAAAAAUGUGAAUUUUCUUUAUUGAAUCACCAAUUCACAGGAAUGUUUGAAAAUAUUUUUUACGGAAUUAAAAUGUGCCAAAAUUUUAUUUAAAUAUUUGAUCAAAAAUAUUUUUUGCCUUUUCAACAAAAGUAAAAUGACAAAGAGCAAAGGUAUAUGUACAUGUAUAGGAAAAAAAGUUUCUGACAUUAAACCUAUUUUAUAUACAAGUGAAAGUUAAAUUUCAUAUGGAUAAUCUUUAUGUUACAUUUUACUUCAUUUGAAUAUAUGUACAUGCACAAAGUAUGUAUAUUUCUAUUUACCGGUACUACAAUUCUUAAAAUAUUUAUGGCUUCAUUGUAUUCAAUAUUUUUGCUUAAUUUAACAGUCAUUUCACAGGGGUUUGUUUUGACUUUUUAAACUGUGUUAAGUGUCUUUGCAUACGUUAUCUCUGCUAAAAUUAAGUUGACAUUUAGUCAUUUUACAGAUUCAUUAUUUAUAGUUUGCUGCAUUUUAAUCUGAAGGUGCUAUUAGGACACUUGUUAGAGUAAUGAAAAUGUAUAAUUUUAUUAUUAAAGCCAUUUUGUAUUAAUCAUGUCCAAAUGAGCACAUUGUUAUAAAAAUUGUGAGAUAAGAUUAUUUUUUAAGUAGGUGGGGAUAUUCUCCCUGCUUUUGUAAAACUCUGAUCUGAUAAAAGCCUUUACCUCAUUUUAUAAAGGUCUUUUGUAACAGUUUCUUCAGCUCUGUUUUGUCAUAAAUUAUGGACUUUUUCACACAUGAAAACAUGCAUUCAAAAUUUUUAAUUAAAAAAAUAGGUUUGUUGCUUUGUUACUUGUAUGAUAGUAUUUCACAAGUAUUAUUAAUUUGUUGCCAAUUUUUCCAUUAAUGUUUGUUGAUGGUCAAUGUUGUAUGUACUCUGUAUAUAGAAAUAUGUCAGUAUUCUCAUUAAAUGAGUAUAAUGUGUUGUCAAAUUCAAACCUGGCAAAAAACUUGGGGUUUGAAAAAUGUCGCAAUUAAAGAUACUUCUGUCUAAGCCCAUUUUGAGAAUCUUUUGAAAUGACUUUUAUAAAUAAUUUAUACAUCUUAUUUGAAUUUACAUACAACCAGAUCACUAGAGUUUGAAACUAAGUUUACCUUUAAUUAUACAUUUAUUUGUUCACAAAAUUAAUUAUGUUGAGGUAUCAAACAAAAUUUGAAAAGGAGAAUGAACCAGUCUAAUUAAAAUUAGAUGUUAGAUCUGCUCACAUACUUGCUACACUAACAUCUUACAACAUCCCAUAGAGGGUAAUGUCAGAGGUCAAAUUUAGCACAACUCUAGACUUAUUUGCUUCAACAAAUAUACAAUGAUUUUACAUGCAAUGAUUUGAUUGGUUGAUAGAGUUUUGAACUCUGACAUGACCUUAAAUGGAAUAUUGUUAGAUGUUACAUAAAUGUAGUGUAGCGAGUGUGCAAGUGGAUCUCAUUUUACUUAGACUGGAGAAUGAACAAGCACCAUUUUUGCUUUUUUUUUAAAGUUGAUCUUUUUGAAGAGGAGAAGGGGGCACCAAGUUUUCUACCAGGUUAGAAUGUUGUGCUUUUUUGAUGUAUCUGUAAAACAGAAUUGUAGCUGUAUUGAGCCCCUCUUGUAGGUAUCUACUCAGAUCUGUGUAACGGAUCUCAAAAAAAAAAGAUUAAAACAUUUCAAGUU